GCGAAGCAGUGAAAGUUGCGUGGAUUGUGCAGUGAUUCUCCUGUGACGAGGAAGAGUGCUUUGAGUGGCCAGAAGACACCCUGACACGCUGCCCUAGAGAAUGUCUGUGGCUCCAGUAGUGAUUGCGGCGACUGCCAAGCACACGGCCACGCUGAUCUUCCUGCACGGCCUCGGCGAUACCGGGCACGGCUGGGCGACGGCGAUGGCGGGCAUCCGGACGCCCAACAUGAAGGUCAUCUGUCCCACGGCGCCCACCAUGCCGGUGUCCCUGAACGCCGGCUUCAGGAUGCCGUCGUGGUUCGACCUGAAGACGCUGGACGUGGGCGGACCGCAGGACGAGGAGGGCAUCCUGGCGGCCACGGUGAAUGUGCACAAGCUGAUCACCGAGGAGAUCAAGGAGGGCAUCGCGGCCAGUCGCAUCAUCAUCGGCGGCUUCUCGCAGGGCGGAGCACUGGCUCUGUACGCUGCACUCACAUUCCCAGACGCUCUGGCCGGCGUGAUCGCCCUGUCGUCGUGGCUGCCGCUCCACAAGGUCUUUCCCGCGGCGCGCAAGUGUCCGGAUUCGGUGCCCAUAUUCCAGGGACACGGCGACUGCGAUCCGGUGGUGCCCUACAGAUAUGGACAGCUCACGUCGACUGUGCUCAAGACCUUCAUGACGAAAACCAGCUUCACCACGUAUCGCGGCAUGACGCACAGCUCGUCGGACGAGGAGCUGGAGGACCUGAAGAAGUUCGUGGAGGAGCAGGUGCCGCGCGUGUAAGCCAACGUCUUCCUCUCUUCUGUUUGGACCCCUGAGCGGCAUAUUGUUUCUCCCUUUUCCCAACACAGUGUAGGACAAUUUAGAAACUCAUACAGAAGUGUCUCCCAAGCAAAAAGUUGAGGGACAAUGUUCAGAUCCAAUUCUUCACGCUGCGUCGGCCUAGUUUGCAGGGUGAUUUGCAGUUUUUCCAUCCGAUUCCGCGCGGGGUGAUUUGGGCCACGCAACCUGCAAUCACUCUUCCUAUUCCAGUUCGUCAGCGAACUUCCUGAAGUGCGCAAUCAGCUUUUCUCCCCUGAUAGCGCAGGAUUUAUCCUCCUGCCAAUGAAUUGAAGCAUUUUCCAAAUCACUUUUAGUACAGUUUCUCUUUGUACACCAUUAAAUACUGUGUUCUGCUCAGUCAAUUCUGGCUUAUAUUAGAGAUCUUCAGAUCUCAAGGUGUGGAAAGAAACAUCACGACUUAUGCUAACGAUGUUGCUAUCGAUUAAUUCCGUUCCUCAUUGAAGGAUGAUUUGGCAUUGGAAUUCAGUGUAAUGUGUCAAUUAUUCUUUAGGCGCGCUCUUGCCAAAGGGAGAAGAAAGCGAGGGAUGAGAAAAGUUCGAUGGCUCAGCUGAUUACAUAGUAAAUGAUAUCGAAUCCAGUCGCAUUUACAAACAUCCAAAAGGCCACACAAUUUGCGUAGAGACUCUUUUAUGAGCAUCUUCUGCUGUUUGUAGGAACGAUUGCUGGUUUUUCGUCACUUCCUUGACUUGAAUGCGUGAUUAUGCAGAUCAUCUAAGCGACAUAGAUUUUUGACUAAUGAAGCAAAGUGUGUGUGACUUGAGUUGACUUUGUGGCUCAAUUGCACCUGGUGAAAUUCGAUUGCCAUGAAUACAAACUCGCGACGGCGAUUUGUAUGCCGAAGGCGGCACUAUCAAUUGAACCAAUGCCAGAUGGGUCGCGCUAAUCGGGUGGAGUAUUAAAUAAUUCAAAGCAUGCCUCGUGACCUUCGAUGUCCCACAACUUUUUGCGCCCACUGUAAACUUCCCCCAACUGAAUUUCUCCUCCUGAAAAACGGACUCACGAGACACACAAUACAAUAUAUCAAUGUGUAAAUGGACUAACAAUAUAUUAGACAACAUAUAAGGUAUAUAAAUUAAUGGACUCCGUCUUUAACCACUCACUUCGGCACUUGCGAUUUGUUGUCACUCCUUUUGUCCCUCAAGAAUCGCCGAGAGUCAAAGAGAGUGAAAUUUUGUGAGAGGAUAAAUUUCCAAUUGGAUGAUUUGUAAACUUUCGUGGAGGUAUUUUUCUUCAGGUAAAAAAAAACCCGUCAAUGUGAUUGAGACUUGAGAUGAUAUUUAAGUAGCGAAGAGAGAAGUGAAAAAAAAUCUAUAAAAGUAGUAAAUAUUAGGCGUUUAUUGAUUCCUUUGAGUGUUUGCGCGUCGGAGGUGAAGAAAGGAAGGAGUAAAAAAAAAUAAAAGUCGAAGUAAUGAGAUUGUCAUUAGGUAAUAAUAAUAAAAAAAAAUACUGAAAAGAGAAAUACAGUGGAAAAAAAGUAGUAAUAUUUAGAUAUUUUUCAAUAUAAUACGACUUAGAUAAAACAGAGUAAAUAAUAAUUCUGUCCCUCUUUUCAAAUGUUCUUUAUUUUCUUAUUUCUUUUUUUGUUUGAAUUCAAAGCAGAAUUAUGAAUUUUCACAUUGUAAUUGAAAUACUUUGCAUUUCUAAUGGCAAUAAUAAAAAUUCUUUAAAUCAAA